AUGUCUACAGCUCACAGGCCGACAUGGGACCCAGCACAGGCCAAAGAUGUCAAGGGAGGAUCUCGUCAGUUCUCUGUGCGAGAUAUGGCAUCACACACAAAGCUGAAAUUUCGACAAGUGGGACAGACAUCAACAGGCGAGGUCAAGAAAAGAGAUCUACGCGCUGAACUUUUAGCCGCGGAGCAAGAGGCGCGGAACAAGAAGCGGAAGGCUGAAGGAAAGGCGCCACUUGUAGAAGAUGUACUUGCUGACGAAGAUACCAACAAGCGGAGAAAGCUUCUGCAGGACGUUAUUGCUCUCGACAAGGACGACGAUGACGAUGACGAUACAAAGGGAGAGGACAAGGAGAAGGCCGACGAAGAAGAAAGUGAGGAUGACUCGGACGACGACGAAGAUGACACUGCAGAACUGCUACGUGAACUUGAAAAGAUCAAACGCGAGCGGGCGGAAGAGAAGGCACGACAAGAACGCGAACUGUCGGCGUCACAGGCGGCGUCGAGAGAAGCGGAAAUUGCUACCGCUAAUCCUCUUCUCAAUUUGGCGGCUGCCUUGGGACAGGGAGCGCCUACUGGGGUGAAUACUACUGUGCCCGGGACUUUCUCCGUGAAACGGCGCUGGGAUGACGACUUGAUCUUCAAGAACCAGGCCAUGGACACAAGGAACAAGCCUGAGGGUCAGUUCGUCAAUGACCUUCUGCGGACGCAGUUUCACAAGAAAUUCAUGGCAAAGUUUAUCAAGGUCAGUUUGCUGAAAUUUCGGAGUCCACGUGUCGCUGACCUAUACUUCAAGUGAUCUACAUACUAUAUCUAC